AUGAAUGAGGAGGAUAAGUUUUUUGUGGAAGUGGGAGCGUUGGACGGCGAGAAAUUCAGCAAUACCCUCUGGCUGGAACGAGAAAAAGGCUGGACAGGAUUGUUGAUUGAACCAGGGAAACGCAGUUAUUCGAAUUUAGUGACUAAGCGAAGGAAAUGUUGGACAGCCAACGCAUGCGUCAGUCGAUCGAAUCAUCAAGAGCAGCACGUAAAAUUUAUUGAAAACGUUGAUGCUCCAGAACUGUCGUCCUUCUUUCCCUUGACGGAGCCGAUUUUCAACGUUACAUUACCCGGAAACCAUGAAAACAUAAUUGAAGUGUUCUGUCUUCCACUUGCCGAUUUAAUCCUGUCCUUAAAUAGGACCCGAGUGGAUUUUCUAUCCCUAGACACGGAAGGGGCCGAUGCUGAUAUCGUGCAAAACUUUCCGUGGCAUCGCGUUGACGUCAGGGUGAUCAUGGUGGAAAAAGGCCAAGGUGAGACGCCGAUUCGGAUUUACAAUCGCAUGAUUUCAGCAGGAUAUAAUUUGCACAAGGAACUCAACGUUGACUUUGUUUUUGUGAAGGCUUGAAAAGCGUGACAAUCUGUCCAUGAUAUUGAGCUUCUGUCUGAAUAAGCGUGAUACUGUAUUUGACUCGAAAAUGCUUUUUUCGUUUCGUGAUUCUAAUAAAGCGAGAAAUUUUAUUUUUCUGCUCGAGAAUGUGUAUCUUCAACAGGAAUUUCAUCGGUCAAACGCCUCGAAUGAUUCAAGUAAUAUUCUGAAAUUUAUAUGCGAG